AUUGAACUCCCCCGAACUGGGACUGUCAGGGCCACCUUUCAUCUCGAUUUUCACUCCCUUAUCCUCCCCGGGACUACCGCUUUGCUUAUUCGGUCGUUUCUUUUUCUCUAUCUUAAUUAAUCAAAAUGGCCUUCGCCGGCCAAACCCCCACCAUCAUUGUGCUCAAAGAGGGCACGGAUACCUCUCAGGGCAAGGGUCAGAUCAUUUCCAACAUCAAUGCCUGUGUGGCCGUGCAGUCCACGAUCAAGAGCACUCUCGGUCCGUAUGGAGGGGACUUGUUGCUGGUCGACUCCAACGGCAGGCAGACGAUCACGAACGAUGGAGCCACGGUGAUGAAGCUCCUCGACAUCGUCCACCCCGCCGCCCGCAUUCUCACCGAUAUCGCCCGGUCUCAAGAUGCCGAAGUGGGAGACGGCACGACGUCGGUCGUGGUUCUCGCCGGUGAGAUCCUGAAGGAAAUCCGGGAGUUGGUCGAGCAGGGUGUCAGCGCACAGACGAUCAUCAAGGGUCUACGGAGGGGUAGCGCCAUGGCCGUCAACAAGGUGAAGGAAAUCGCUGCGGACAUCAUCCAGGCGGGCGAGAGCGAGGAGAAGAAGGUGGAAACGCUACGACGAUUGGCCGGAACCGCCAUGAACAGCAAGCUGAUCAAGCGCAACGCCGACUUCUUCACGAAGAUGGUUGUCGAUGCCGUGCUGUCCCUCGACCAGGACGAUCUGAACGAGAAAUUGAUCGGUGUCAAGAAGGUUACCGGUGGUGGUCUCCAGGAUUCCCUCUUCGUCAACGGUGUCGCCUUCAAGAAGACCUUCUCCUACGCCGGUUUUGAGCAGCAGCCCAAGUCCUUCCGGGACCCCAAGAUUGUGUGUCUGAACGUGGAGUUGGAGCUGAAGAGCGAGAAGGACAACGCGGAGGUUCGCGUCGAGCAGGUGUCCGAGUACCAGGCCAUCGUCGAUGCCGAGUGGCAGAUCAUCUACAACAAGCUCGAGGCCAUCUACAAGACGGGGGCCAAGGUUGUUCUCAGCAAGCUGCCCAUUGGUGACUUGGCUACGCAGUACUUUGCGGACCGUGACAUUUUCUGUGCCGGUCGUGUCUCGUCGGACGAUAUGGAUCGCGUGUGCCAGGCCACCGGCGCGGCUACGCAGUCGACGUGCAGUGACAUCCAGGAGCGCCACCUGGGUACCUGCGGCUCGUUCGAGGAGCGCCAGAUCGGUGGCGAGCGGUUCAACCUGUUCGCCGAGUGCCCCGGUGCCAAGACGUGUACGCUGGUGCUGCGUGGCGGUGCCGAGCAGUUCAUCGCCGAGGUGGAGCGUAGUCUGCACGACGCCAUCAUGAUCGUCAAGCGUGCUCUGCGCAACACCACCAUCGUCGCGGGUGGUGGCGCCUGCGAGAUGGAGCUGUCGAGCUUCAUGCACGGGUUUGCCGACCGCAACGUGCCUCACAAGCAACAGGCCGUCGUCAAGGCGUUCGCCAAGGCUCUGGAGGUGAUCCCCCGACAGCUGUGCGACAACGCCGGAUUCGACGCCACCGACAUCCUGAACCGCCUGCGCGUGGAGCACCGCAAGGGUAACGUGUGGGCCGGUGUGGACUUCGACCACGAGGGCGUCCGGGACAACAUGGCGGCGUUCGUGUGGGAGCCCAGUCUGGUCAAGGUCAAUGCCAUCCAGGCGGCCGUUGAGGCGGCGUGCUUGAUCCUGAGUGUGGACGAGACGAUCAGUGAGUUUCCCCUAUUCCUGGGUUCAUGGUUAUUUCCGAGCACGGCGCUAACGCAGGAUGUCAUCGACAGAGAACGAAGAGUCGGCGGCGCCUCGGGCACCGGGCCGUGGCCUUCCCCCCGGCGCUGCUCAGCGGGCGCUUGGAGGAGGCCGAGGACGCGGUAUGCCUCGCCGGGGUCGGUAAAGGAUAGACGGAGAUUCCGAGAGCACGACGCAUGGGGACGUCGGCAGAUCAAGGAUAUAAAAAAGCCCUUACUAGUACAAUCUACUAUGUGUUUGAAUGAACGGCCCUUGCGUGUUUUGUAGUG